AAUACAUAUUUAAUAAUAUAAUAAAUAAAUAUUUUCUAGAUUUAAAAAAAAAGUAUAGUAGGCAAGAAUCGAAUUCAGGUCGACAGAUGGUACAAGGCUAAGCGCUCAAACUCUCCGAUCUUGGCGGAAUAAGCUUAAGCACGACCGGUCCAUCACGUUAUUUCAUUACUGGUAAUGCAUUCAUGUUCCAAGUUUCACAAGAAGAUCUCUGGAAGUUGCUGAUUACUCUUUUUGAUCAAUAUUACUCUAUCCUAAAAGUGUGGUUUUUCUUUACACCAUUUGUAGGUAUCCGUCAUCCUGAUGAUAUAGAGAUAAUAUUAGGGACAUCGAUACAUAUUGAAAAAAGUUUGAUUUACAACAACUUACAUCCUUGGUUAAACACCGGCCUUCUCACCAGUGGAGGUAACAAAUGGCACUCGCGACGGAAGAUAUUAACUCCCACAUUCCAUUUCGGUAUAUUACAGCAGUUUGCUGAUAUUUUGAUUACGGAAGGUGAAAACAUGGCAAACUCUUUAAAAAAUACGGGAGAUAUAAUUAUAAAAGAUUUGAUAUCGUUUAUUAGUGAACAUACGCUGAAUGCAUUAUGCGUAACUGCUAUGGGUAUUUCUUUGCAAAAAUUGGAUUCGUUUCAACAAGAAUAUCGAAAUGCAAUUCAUCAGAUAUCCGAACUCCUGACUUAUAGAGUAGUGAGAAUAUGGCUUUAUAACGAUUGGGUCUUCUCUUUAACGCCAAAAGGCAGACAACAGAAAAGAGUUUUAAAGGUAUUGCAUCGAUUUACUGAGGAGAUUAUUGCUGCAAGGAAACUUUAUCAUGAACAAAUCAAUGAGCGAUUGAAGAAUUGUAAUAAAAAUAUAUUAGUAGAGGGAGAUAAUGCAGAAACUGAUACAAUUAAAAAAAAGCGAUUGACUAUCGUGGAUUUAUUAAUAGCAGCAUCUCGAGAUGGUUAUUUAACUGAUUCAGAUAUUAAAGAGGAAAUAGAUACCUUUUUGGUUGGCGGUCAUGAUACUACAGCGAUGACUAUCAGCUAUGUUUUACUGUUAUUAGCUGAUCAUAAAGAUGUCCAGAAUCGUGUCAGAGAAGAAGUCAAUGCUGUAAUGCAUGAAAGUGAAGGGAAAUUUACUAUGCAAUCGCUGCAGAAGUUAUCAUAUUUAGAAAGAUGUAUAAAAGAAACAUUGCGUUUAUAUCCUGUCGUCUAUUUUAUAUCACGAGUUACUUCCACAGAUAUAAAAUUGCAAUCAUACUUAGUACCAGCUGGGACGACAUUGUUUAUUAGUAUUUACGGAGUCCAUAGAGAUCCG